CUCUGCGGCCUACAACUUGCUCUGCGCCCUCACCUGCACGUUCAACCUGAAGAUCGAGGGUCAGCUGCUGGAGACGUCUGGCUUGUGCAUCCCGGCCAACAACACCCUCUUCAUCGUGUCCAUCAGCAAGACGCUGGCCCUCAACGAGCCUCACCUCACGCUCGAGUUCCUGGAGGAGUGCAUCUCGGGGUUCAGCAAGUCCAGUAUCGAACUGAAGCACCUGUGUCUGGAGUACAUGACCCCGUGGCUCUCCAACUUGGUCCGCUUCUGCAAGCACUCGGAUGAUGCGAAGCGUCAGCGAGUAUCGGCCAUCCUGGACAAGCUCAUCACCAUGACCAUCAACGAGAAGCAGAUGUAUCCUUCCAUACAGGCCAAGAUCUGGGGCAGUCUCGGGCAGAUCACCGACCUGCUGGACGUGGUGCUGGACAGCUUCAUCAAAACCAGCGCCACGGGCGGUCUGGGUUCCGUCAAGGCCGAGGUGAUGGCCGAUACAGCGGUGGCGCUCGCCUCCGGCAACGUCAAGCUGGUGUCAAGCAAGGUGAUAGGCAGGAUGUGCCGUAUCAUAGACAAGACUUGCCUCUCACCGACUGCUACGCUGGAGCAGCACCUCAUGUGGGAUGACAUCGCAAUUCUCGCCAGGUACAUGCUCAUGCUGAGUUUCAACAACUCCCUGGACGUGGCCACCCACCUCCCCUACCUCUUCCACGUCGUGACGUUGCUCGUUGCCACGGGGCCCCUGUCCCUAAGGGCCUCCACUCACGGCCUCGUCAUCAACAUCAUCCACUCACUGUGCACGUGCUCCCAGCUCAACUUCAGUGAGGAGACGAAGCAAGUCCUGCGCCUCAGCGUGACCGAGUUCUGCCUGCCCAAGUUCAAGCUGCUGUUCGGCAUCAGCAAGGUGAAGUCGGCCGCCGUCAUCGCCUUCCGCGCCAGCUACCGAGACCGUUCCUUCUCGCCGGGCUCGUACGAGCGGGAGAGCUUCUCGCUCACCUCGCUCGAGGUGGUGACCGACGCUCUGCUGGAGAUCAUGGAGGCCUGCAUGCGUGACCAGCCGACCUGCCGCUGGCUGGAGCAGUGGACGGAGCUCGCCCAGAAGUUUGCGUUCCAGUACAACCCGUCCCUACAGCCGCGUGCCCUCGUGGUGUUUGGCUGCAUCAGCAAGCGAGCGACCAGCACUCACAUCCGCCAGAUCCUGCACAUUCAGAGCAAGGGUCUGGAGAGUUCACUGAAGGGGCCUGACAGCUACAACAGCCUGGUUCUCAUCGAGGCCACGGUCAUCGCCCUGAUGCGCCUGCAGCCUCUACUCGCACGUGACUCGCCGAUGCACCGGGCGCUCUUCUGGGUGGCCGUGGCGGUGCUGCAGCUGGACGAAGCUUCCCUCUACUCAGCGGGGACUGGCCUCUUGGAGCACAACCUCCACACGCUCGACUCAUUCUGUGUGUUCAACCACAGGAGUCCUGAGGAGGUGUUUAUGGAGACCCGCUUGCCCCUGGACUGGCACUGCAAGCAGAUGGACCACUUUGUGGGGCUCAACUUCAACUCCAGCUUCAACUUCGCCCUCGUCGGACACCUCCUCAAAGGCUACCGGCACCCCAGUGCAGGCACGGUGGCUCGCACUGUGAGGAUCCUGCACACGCUGCUGGGCCUUGUCGCCAAACACCAGAACUGUGACCGCUUCGAGGUGAACCUGCAGAGCAUCGCCUACCUCGCCGCGCUCCUCACCGUCUCCGAGGAGGUGAGGAGUCGCUGUGGUCUCAAACACCGCAAGUCGCUCGUCCUCAUGGAGAACUCCUUGGAUACGGUCGCCAUGGAUACCUACAGCCCCAUCAUGGACCCCGUCUCCGGGGCUGUGCGUGGUGGUGGUGGUGGAGACAGUCAGACGUGGAUGUCUCCCAAGGCGUCAAUGCGUCACCUCAUGGCCAGCUACCCAGCCAUGGGGCAGAUCAGCCCCAGGGCCCGCAAGUCAAUGAGCCUGGACAUGGGGCAGCCUUCUCAAGCAAACUCUAAGAAGAUGCUUGGCAGCAGGAAGAGUUUUGACCACCUGCUGUCCGACAACAGCAACAGCAGCAGCAGCAGCUCCUGCUGCUCCAAGCCGCACAAGCGACAGGAGAGCGACGUCACCGGCGGUGCGGUCACCACACCGCCCAAGAUGCGCAAAGUGGGCGAGCCUCACUACAAGCCCGACCCCCACUGUGUGUCCCAGCCUCCGCACCUGCGCAAGUUGUCCACGUCCGAGGCCAACGUCCUCCUGGACGAAGAGAUCCUCACUGACACGCGGUGCCAGGCCCUCCUGCUCACCGUGCUGGCGACGCUGGUGAAGUACACGCAGGAUGAGUUUGAGCAGCGAGUCCUCUACGAGUACCUGGCGGAGGCGAGCCUCGUGUUCCCACGUGUCUUCCCUGUCGUCCACACGUUGCUCGACUCGAAGAUCACCACACUGCUGUCCGUGUGCCCGGACCCCGGCCUGCUGGGCCCGGUGCACAGCAUCGUGCAGAGCGUCGUGCACAACGAAGAGUCCCCUCCACACCACCAGCCCUCCUACCUGCAGAGUUUUGGAUUUGGGGGGCUUUGGAGGUUUGCAGGACCCUUCUCUAAGCAGACACAGAUCCCCGACUACGCCGAGCUCAUGGUCAAGUUCCUGGAGGCGCUGAUGGACACCUACCUGCCGGGCAUCGAGGAGGAGGAGGUUGCCGGGGACGACUCCCAGGGCCUCACGCCCACCUCACCGCACCCUCCCUCGGGGCAGCCGGCCGGCCACGCCGGCCACGCCGGCCACGCCGGCCACGGCGUCGGUGCCGGGGCCGGGGCCGAUCCGGACGCUUCCGCGGCGUCGCUGGCGGCCGCUCAGGGCUCACCGCAGAUUGUCUCCGACAAGCCUCCCACCGCCUCCGCUGAGCCAACUGCACCGGCGUUGCCACCGUCGGCCGCUUGCGCCGGGAGCACCGCCGCUGUCGCCGGCGGCGGCGACAGCGCCGUCACCGUCACCGGCGCCGGCGACGGUGACGGUGACGGUGACGGUGACGGCGUCCCCCGGACACGCCACGCCACACCCGGCCAGGUGCAGAAGCAGCGGAGUUCCGGCAGCUUCCAGCGGCACAACCCCAACAAGGUCACGUGAAGCCACGUGGGGGAGGAGUCA